UACAUCGCCAUACGAAAAACACGUAGUUUCUGUUCUAUCAGUUUGCAUCACCAAGGAAAGUAUACAACAACGGAAUACACUUCUAAUAUUUGCCCUGCUUCCAAAUUUCUCUUCUCAAUACGGAAAACAAAUCGAUUCUUUUCUGGCCCCAUUUCAGGCAUUUGUGCUGAAGAGGUUUUAAAAUGUUGGGAAUUUUAAGGCAAAGGGUAGCCGCCAAACUCAAUCAUGCUCUGAAUUUUGAGCAAGGGAUUGGAGCAGUUGCGUUGAGGGCCUAUUCUUCUUCCUCGGCCAAUAAGAUGACAGUGCGCGAUGCUAUAAAUUCUGCACUUGAUGAAGAAAUGUCUGCUGAUCCCAAAGUGUUUAUGAUGGGUGAAGAGGUUGGUGAAUACCAGGGUGCAUAUAAGAUCACCAAAGGCCUUCUGGAUAAAUACGGCCCUGAGAGGGUUGUUGAUACACCCAUCACAGAGGCUGGGUUCACUGGGAUUGGAGUUGGUGCAGCAUAUCAUGGUCUAAGGCCUGUGAUCGAGUUCAUGACUUUUAACUUCUCAAUGCAGGCCAUCGACCACAUCAUCAAUUCUGCUGCAAAAUCAAAUUACAUGUCUGCUGGGCAGAUAUCAGUUCCCAUUGUUUUCAGGGGCCCGAAUGGUGCUGCAUCUGGUGUGGGUGCUCAACACUCUCAGUGCUAUGCAGCAUGGUUUGGUUCAUGCCCUGGACUAAAAGUCUUGGCUCCAUAUUCUGCCGAAGACGCUCGAGGCUUGCUUAAAGCUGCCAUAAGGGACCCUGAUCCUGUUGUAUUCCUUGAAAAUGAACUGCUAUAUGGUGAAUCAUUUCCUGUCUCAGCUGAAACGCUUGAUUCCAGUUUCUGUGUGCCUAUCGGGAAAGCUAAGAUUGAACGUGAAGGAAAGGACAUAACAAUCGUUGCUUACUCGAAGAUGGUCGGCUUUUCUCUUCAGGCUGCUGAUAUUCUUGCAAAAGAAGGGAUAAAUGCUGAGGUGAUAAAUCUCCGGUCCAUCCGCCCUCUUGACAGAUCUGCUAUAAAUGCUUCUGUUAGGAAAACAAAUAGGAUUGUGACUGUCGAAGAAGGAUUCCCUCAACAUGGUGUCGGUGCUGAGAUCUGUGCUACUGUUGUGGAAGAUAGCUUCGAGUAUCUUGAUGCACCUGUUGAGAGGAUUGCCGGGGCUGAUGUUCCCACGCCUUAUGCUGCGAAUAUUGAGAGAAUGGCUUUUCCACAGGUCGAAGACAUUGUUCGGGCAGCAAAAAGAGCCUGCUACAGGUCAAGAUAAUCAGCUACAUAAGGAUUCUGGUGUUCUUCUGUGAAGAUCAUUAUUUUGGCACGCAUCUCUUUCGCAGGGAAAUGUUCGAUGAUUCCCCAGUGUCAGGGCUGACAAGAUCGCGACACGGACUACCCACGAGAAAUAAGUUUCUGAGCCAUGCUUUUCUUUUUUAGCAAUUUUGGGGCAUGUUAAUCUGUUGCAACAAUUUAAUUGAAGGAAGAGGCAGAUGCUUCUGCACACUCUUUUAUGUAGGGCUUUAUUAUAUUUGGAGACA